AUGGCGGCAGCAGCGGGGAGUUCCUUAGCGGCAAGCAGCGGAAGGAAAUCACAGACGGUGGAAGCUUGGGGAACGGACGGGCUGUCGGAAGGCAGAAGCCGGAGGCCCAGGAGGAGGACGCGAUGGAACGGAUGCUGCCCGAGACUCACAUCCUCGUUCUUGCUUGAUGCACGCCACCGAAUCAUCCGGGAUCAGAUCUUCUGGACCACUUAUCCUGGUCUCUCCCUGGACCACAUAUGUUAUAUACGAUCCCUCUCACGUUCAUAUGUAGUAUACGAUCCCUCUCACGUGCAAAACGCUUGCACGCGCCCACGCACAGAAGCCCUAGCGUCACCUCCUCUCCCCCAACCUCCAGCGUCGCCUGCGGCCUCCCUCCAACGUCAUCUCCCUCCAGCGACCUCCCGCCGGCAUCGCCUCCCUCCCGUGGCCUCCAGCGUCCGCCCCCGACCUCCUUCCCACGACCUCCAGCGGCCCCCUCCCGCGACCUCCCUCCCGCGGCCUCCAGCGACCUCCCACGACCUCCAGCGGCCCCCUCCUGCGACCUCCCUCCAGCGCCCUCCAGCGACCUCCGCGGCCUCCCUCCUCCCGCGAUCUCCAGCGGCCCCCUCCCGCGACCUCCCUCUCGCGCCCUCCGCGGCCUCCCUCCUCCCGACAUCUCCAGCAGCCCCCUCCCGCGACCUCCCUCUCGCGACCUCUAGCAACCUCCAGCGGCCUCCCUCCCUGGCACCGUGUGGAAGAAAGCGAGAACCUUUUAGGUUGUUGCUUCUGCCAUUUCACCAGUGUAAUUAG